UCUGUGUGUGUGGCGGGACGUCGCUGGGUCCCAUGAAGGUGUUUGAGAGCGGUGGGUGCUGGCUGACCCUCAACACGGCCUCAAACAGACAGUCAGCCGCAUACAUGGAGAAAAGACGCUGCAGUCCUUUCCCCGUAUGCUGGGCCGCAGAAUAUGACAGACACCUAGCGCACAGUAAAGGCAUGGCGACAGCAUACCUGGAGCCCAACCACACCCUGGGCGCCGGGGCCAAGGCCCGUCUCAGCGCGGGAACAGAGCGGGUCCCCGGGGCCCCGGACAGAGUCCUGAAGGUCUUCCAUCACUUUGAGAACAACAGCGAGCACAGCACCUGUUCCAGCAACAUCCGGCAUGGAGACGCCACCGACGUCAGGGGAAUCAUUCAGAAGAUCGUGGACAUUCAUAAGGUCAAACACGUGGCUUGUUUCGGGCUGCGUCUCACUCAUGUGCCGUCGGGCGACAUCCACUGGCUCCACCCAGAUAUGGGCGUGUCCCAUGUGAGGGAGAAAUACGAGCAGAACCGCCCACAGGACGAAUGGAGGUAAAUCAUUCACACACGGGAUCAGAUUUCCUGCCCAAGACUUGCGCUCAAUCAGUUCGCUGAAGACAAACCCACUCUCAACUAUUUUUAUCAGCAGGUUAGUGAAGGUGCCCCCGUCAGUACGGCGGAUCUGUGGAGCAAGGAUUUCGCGCUGAAGCUGGGGUGUCUUGAGAUCAGGAGAUUCUACAGAGAGAUGAGAGGAAACGCUCUGGAUAAAAAAUCCAACUAUGAGCUGCUCGAAAAGGACGUUGGACUUAGACGGUUCUUCCCCAAAAGUCUGUUGGAAUCGGUUAAGGUGAGAGGAUUGCCAAAAAAGAUCCAGCAAACCUUUAAGCAGUUCGCAAACCUGAACGACGAGCAGAGCAUACAGAAGUUCUUUGAGAUCCUGGCGCCCGUCUCCAGAUUCGACCAAGAGUGCUUUCGCUGUGCUCUGGGGUCGAGUUGGGUCAUAUCAGUGGAUCUCGCUAUCGGUCCAGAGGAGGGAAUCAGUUACCUGACAGACAAGGGCUCCACGCCGACACAUCUGGCCAACUUCACGCAGGUGCAGAGCAUCCAUUACUCCUGCGUGGAGGAGAAGGAGAGGAAGGGCGUCUUACAGCUGGACGUGGCAGGAGCCGCUGAGCCUCUCACGAUCAGCACGCCGUCCUUCGCCAUUGCUGAGAACAUGGCUGACCUCAUCGACGGAUACUGUCGCCUGCUCAACGCCGUCAGCCAGUCCUUCAUCGUCAGAGCACAGAAAGAGGGGGAAAGAGCUCUUCCAUCCAUUCCAAAACUGGCCAACAAUGAGAAGCGGCUGGAGGGGAUCCGGCCAGGAGUUCGUGCCAUCUCUGUUUCAGAAGAUCUAAGCGGAGAUGAAACAGAUGACUAUGCAGAGAUCAUAGAUGAGGAGGACACCUACACCAUGCCCUCUACCGAAUGCUUUGGAUUAUACGCAGCUCAGGACUAUGAGAUCCAGCGGGACAGAAUCGAGUUGGGACGGUGUAUCGGCGAGGGCCAGUUUGGUGACGUCCACCAAGGGGUUUACAUCAGUCCGGAGAAUCCUUCGUUAUCAGUGGCCAUCAAGACGUGUAAGAACUGCACCUCAGACAGCGUGCGCGAGAAGUUCCUGCAGGAAGCUCUGACAAUGCGGCAGUUCGACCAUCCGCACAUUGUGAAGUUGAUUGGAAUCAUCACUGAAAACCCCGUCUGGAUCAUCAUGGAGCUGUGCACGCUUGGAGAGCUGAGAUCGUUCUUGCAAAUAAGGAAGUACAACCUGGACCUGUCCACGCUGAUUCUGUUCGCGCAUCAGCUGAGCGCAGCGCUGGCGUACCUGGAGAGCAAACGCUUCGUGCACAGGGACAUUGCUGCCAGGAACGUGUUGGUGUCUUCCACAGACUGUGUGAAACUUGGUGACUUCGGUCUCUCCAGAUACAUGGAGGACAGCUCCUAUUAUAAAGCUUCUAAAGGGAAACUGCCGAUCAAAUGGAUGGCUCCUGAAUCCAUAAACUUCCGUCGGUUUACCUCGGCCAGCGACGUCUGGAUGUUCGGUGUGUGUAUGUGGGAAAUCCUCAUGUUCGGCAUCAAGCCCUUCCAGGGCGUGAAGAAUAACGACGUGAUCGGCCGGAUAGAGAACGGCGAGAGGUUAGCGAUGCCCCAGAACUGCCCUCCGACCCUCUACAAAAUGAUGACCAAACGACCCCAGCAAGACCCCCGCCGCCCGCGCUUCACCGAGCUCAAGACGCAGCUCAGCACUAUCCUGGACGAGGAGAAGGCCCAGCAGGAGGAGCGUUUCCGUAUGGAGAUGAGGAGACAGGUCACUGUGUCCUGGGACACUGGGAAUUCAGACGAGGCUCCACCGAAGCCCAGCAGACCUGGUUACCCGAGUCCUCGAUCCAGUGAAGGUUAUUUCCCUAGUCCUCAACACAAUCACUACCAGGGUUCUGGAUAUCCUGCAGCAGGAUUCCCGCCGCAGGCGUCUGUCCUCGACCCGCAUGAAGCAUGGAACCAUCACAGACAGGAGGUGCCUGUGUGGUCUCCAAACAUGGAGGAUGGGGGCGCUCUGGGGCGGAGUCAGGGGAUGCCCGCACACCUGAUGGAGGAGACGCUCAUCAAACAGCAGCAGCAGAUGGAGGAGGACCAGAGAUGGCUGGAGCAGGAAGAGAGCUUCCUGAAGCCGGAGUCGAGGAACUCGAGGGGCAGCAUCGACCGCGAGGACAGCGCUCUUCAGGCCCCGAUGGGGAAGCAGCACCUUUAUCAGCCCAGUGGGGUAAAGCAGCCAAUCGCUCCUCCAAAGAAGCCGCCGCGUCCCGGCGCUCCGAGUCACCUGACCAACCUGAACCCCGUGGACAGUUACAACGAGGGGGUCAAGCCCUGGAGGGUAAGACCUGUGGCGAUCAGUCCUCCUCCCACAGCAACACCUGGACACCGCUCCAGUGAUAACGGUGUAUGGAGAAGUGACGGGGCUGGGAAGGCCGUGAUCGAGAUGUCCAGCCGCAUCCAGCCUGCGCCGCCCGAGGAGUACGUCCCCAUGGUGAAGGAUGUUGGACAGGCGCUCAGGACUUUACUAGCGACGGUGGACGAGACCAUCCCAGUGUUACCGGCCAGCACUCACAGAGAGGUCAGACCUGCUCACACUGCUAUCAGGGACUAGUCUCUUUUUGUAAAUUAAGCUUCCUCCAAAAUAGCAUUUUUCCAUUUUGUUAGGGCCCAAAAUUAUUUUCAAC